UGAUUUUCUUUGAAUGUGAGGUCAGAUUUCACUGAUAUUUGUUCAUUUCUUUCAAUUUCAUUGCUCUUGAUGAAACCCACCUGGGGUUUGACUGGCUUUCUUGGCGAUAAAUCCGCAGUUUAACCCAAAUCUUGAUCCCUAGCUAUCUGCAUCGAGCAACAGCAAAGAAGCUGAUGAAUUAAAGUAAGGUUACGACAUCUGCAUCAAGCAGCAGCAAAGAAGCUGAGGAAUUAAAGUAAGGUUACCUUAAUUAAAGAUUUCUCCUCUUCUGAUUCGUUGUAUGAGUUUAUAAGCAGUUUAGUUUAAUCCGUUAUAAUUACUAUCUAGUACACUGAGUUCUCUAAUAGCCUCCGGUAGCUACUAAAGUUUCAGUUUGAUCGAGGUAUAUGCAUGCAGUAGCCUAAACUAUGAUCAUAUAUAGUUUCUUAAUUUUAUUUUUUAAAAUAAUAUAUUUCACUUCGGUAAAUAAAGUUCAUUUCACUCAAUUUUAAAGUAUUUUUUACCUAAUUUUUCAGUUGAUAAACGAUUUUCCCUAUACAAAAAUUGUACCCAUCGAUCUUUUAUUCUCUGUCAUUCUCAUGAUGUAUAUUAAUUUGCUGUAUAUAACUAUAUAUUGUUUGUUUAGUUAGAUCAUCCACGUUAUGGCAAUGACAAAUACUAGUGCUGCAACUUUGAUUGUCCCUCAACUUCUAAAAAGGGGCAAUUAUAAGAGUUGGAGCAUUUUCAUGGAAGACCAUUUGAUUUCUCAAGAGCUUUGGGAUGGUAUUAUUGUUCCAUUCGGCCCUGAGCAACAGUUGUUUAGUGAAUCUGAGCAAAGAAAAAGGAAUGCUGCUGCUCUGAAUGCCAUUAAGAUUUCAUGCGAACCAGAAAGCUUUGUUCGUAUAAAGUAUACACGUUCAGCAAAAGAUGCUUUGGAUAUGUUAGCCAAAAUGCAUAAAAUAGAACCUGAAACCGAUUAAAGCACUCCAAAGGCAAGCAAUCCUCCGCUUUGGGUGGCAAGUCCGAUUGUCCCUGAACUUCUAGAAAGAGGCAACUAUGAGAGGUGGAGUAUCUUCAUGAAAAACUACUUUGUGUCACAAGAUCUUUGGGUGGUUACUCACCACUUGUCAACGCCUCUUGGAGUUUCUAAAAGGGUGUGGAGAAAAAAGAAUGCUGCUGCUCUGCAUGCAAUUCAAAUUUCAUGUGGAGCAGAAAAAUUUAAUCAGAUAAAGAACAUCCAUUGGGCAAUAGAAGCUUGGGAUAAGUUGAAAAGAAUACAUAUUGAAGAAGAGAAAUCAAAAACAGAUAAUUCAGGUUUUCCAUAUCUCUCUCUAUGACAUCAUGUGUUUUCGAUUGCAUUUGGUUUAAAUGAACUUGGCAAAAGAUG